AUGGUGAUCUUCAAGUCAAGACAACCGCCCCUCGACCUUCCCACCGAGCUAACCGAUUGGGAUUGGCUCUUCGAUUCUGCUUACUCUCCCAUCAACAAAUAUCCAUCAAAUGAACUUGCUGGCUUCCAAAAUGCGAUUACUAAAGAGCGUGUAGACUGGGCCGAUGUGAAAAGAUACUCUACAUACAUCUCCACGGCGCUUGUCAAGAAGUAUGGUCUCAGAGAGGGCGAAACGGUGGCUCUCUUCAGUCAGAACACUGUGUGGUAUCCGGUAGCGAUGUUUGCAGGACUCCGCGUAGGAGCGAAGAUUAGUGGUGCAAGUCCUGCUUACAAUGUUGAGGAAAUGACAUUCGCGCUAAAAACUGCGGAUGCAAAGUUCUUGAUGACUACACCAGGCAGUAUGGAGAUUGCUGCGGCGAGCGCAAAGGCUGCAGGACUACCGCAAUCGAACGUUUUCUUGUUGGAGGGCAAACUACCGGGAUACACUACAGUUCAAGAUCUGAUUCGUAUGGGGGAAUCGUAUGGCGAAUCAGGACAGACACCAGCGUUCAAGUUGCCGCCUGGCAAAAAGAACAAAGACGUCUGCGGUUUCCUAUCCUUCUCUUCAGGAACGACUGGAUUACCAAAGGCUGUGAUGAUCAGUCAUCAGAACGUCAUAGCGCAAUGUCUCCAAAUCCAGCAGAUUACGCCGACAAAUCAGAAGAAGAUCAUGGCCGUAUUACCGCUUUUUCAUAUCACCGGCCUGGUUCAUCAAAUGCAUUUACCGGUUCUACUUAACGCCGAGGUCGUCAUGCUUCCGCAAUUCACGAUGGAGAAGAUGCUAGAUGUCAUCGUCGAAUACAAGCUCUCUGAGCUUCUACUGGUACCACCGAUUCUCAUCCGACUAGUGCGCGAUCCAUUGGUCGACAAGUAUGACCUUAGCCAUGUUACACGAUUCUCUUCAGGCGCUGCUCCGCUUUCAGAAGAGAUCAUCCAGCAGCUCCAGAAGAAGUUUCCCAACACAGGCUUCAAGCAAGGAUACGGUAUGACGGAAUCGUGUUCGUGCAUUACUGCGCAUCCACCUGAGAAGUUCUCAUACAAGUACGCACACUCUGGCGGUGCAAUCGUAGCUUCCACUGAAGUCAAGAUCAUUAAAGAUGAUGGUACUGAAGGCGAUGUUGGCGAAGAUGGAGAAGUACUCGCUCGUGGACCGCAAGUCGUCAUGGGCUAUCUCAACAACGAGAAGGCAACUCGCGAUACUUUUGAUGCUGACGGCUUCCUACACACUGGCGAUCGCGGUGCUAUCGAUGAAGAGGGCAUGAUCCACAUCUCCGAUCGCAUCAAAGAACUCAUCAAAGUAAAGGGCAUUGGUGUCGCGCCAGCUGAACUCGAAGACCUGCUUUUAGGUCAUCCAAAGGUAGAAGAUGUCGCAGUGAUGAGCGUGAAAGACGAUUACUCUGGCGAGCUUCCAAAGGCCUACGUUGUCUUGAAGCCAGGAACGGAAGAGAGUACAGCUGUGGGGAAGGAUAUCAUUGCGUAUGUCAAAGAGAAGAAGGUGAGGUACAAGUGGGUGAAGGAAGUGGAGUUUAUCAACGAGAUACCAAAGAGUCCUUCUGGCAAGAUUUUGAGAAGAGUACUAAGAGAUAAAGAGAAGAGUGGGAAGUUUGGGCUUGUCGUCAAGGAUGAGACGAAGGCAAGGCUCUAG